UGAAAUGAUCCAAAGAGAAAAUCUUUGCUCAGUGUUCCAAGCUGCUUGGCUUGCAGGCUUCUUAUGAGUAACACGGUGACUUCAGUGAACUUCAGACAGCUUUCCCUUCCCACCCACACGGUCUUAUUUGAGGUCCUUAGUCAGUCGGCAAGCAUGUUUGGAACUGGCCCCGGUGCUUUGCAAGGGCUCGUGUUACAGGACGGUCACGUAUGGGCAUUUGUAGUUAUAAAUACUUGACCACUCUCCAGGGUGCGGUUUUCAGCCCUUAAAGCAGCUUCGUGUAGCCUGCUACCGAGCCGACUUUUGGCUUCGAGUAUAGGAAUUGGUUGCUGUAGGACAUCUUCUGCUGAGGAAGAAGUAAGAUGGAGCACAACGGGUCUGCUUCCAGCGCUGGUAAAAUCCACCAGAAUCGAUUGUCAAGUGUGACUGAAGAUGAAGACCAAGACGCCGCUCUUACGAUCGUGACCGUGCUGGACAGGGUGGCCACCGUCGUGGACAGUGUGCAGGCCAGCCAGAAGAGAAUAGAAGAGAGGCACCGGGCGAUGGAAAACGCUAUAAAGUCUGUCCAGAUUGACCUGCUGAAGCUCUCACAGUCCCACAUCAACAUGGGCUACAUCGUCAACAAGCUGUUUGAGAAGACCCGGAAAGUCAGCGCUCACAUCAGGGACGUGAAGGCCAGGGUGGAGAAGCAGCAGGUCCACGUAACCAAAGUUGAAAGCAAGCAAGAAGAAAUAAUGAAGAAAAACAAAUUCCGCGUGGUAAUAUUCCAGGAGAACGUUCGGUGCCCCUCAUCCCUGUCUGUUAUUAAAGACAGAAGCCUGCCUGAGAACCAGGAGGAGGAGGAGGAGGAAGUCUUUGAUCCCCCGGUAGAGCUCUCCUCGGAUGAAGAAUAUUACGUUGAAGAAAGCAGAUCCGCCAAGUUUAGGAAGUCAGGCAAGGAGCACAUUGAUCAUAUCAAGAAGGCAUUUUCCAAAGAGAACAUGCAGAAGACGCGGCAGAAUUUUGACAAGAAAGUGAGUGGAAUUAGAACUAGAAUCGUCACACCCGAGAGGAGAGAGAGGCUGCGGCAGUCAGGGGAGCGGCUCAGACAGUCGGGGGAGCGGCUCAGACAGUCAGGGGAGAGGCUCAGACAGUCAGGAGAAAGAUUUAAGAAAUCAAUUUCAAAUGCUGCCCCCUCAAAGGAGGCUUUCAAGAUACGCAGCCUUAGGAAACCAAAGGAUCCCAAGGCGGAGAGCCAGGAGGGAGACAGAGGGAUGGGCGUGGACAUCAUCGCAGGUAGCCUGGCGCUGGGGCCCAUCCAUGAGUUCCACCCUGAGGAGUUCAGUGAGACAGAAAAGGAGGUGGCCAAGGUAGGGUACAUUCCCCAAGAAGGAGGCGAUCCCCCACCUCCUGAGCCUUUGAAGGUGACUUUUAAACCUCAGGUGAGAGUAGAUGAUGAUGAAUCGCUCCUGUUGGAUUUAAAGCAGUCCUCGUAGAGAGGAAUUAAGUGUGAGCAUCGAUCUCAAGUCACGUGGUCAUGGUUUGAAUAGGGUAGUCAUUUUUUAGUCACACACAGUAGGAAGGCAAAUGGUACAAAACCUUCACUUCUUACCUUUAAAGUUCUAAAGAUUAUAAAAACGUUAUAUACACAGCUUUCUUAUAAGUUCCUCGGAAACUUAUAAUUCUGUUUCCCCUGAUAAUAUAUAUCACUCUGAUAGCUUCCCCCCCCAGUGUCACACCUUCUUGUGGCAGUUCUUGGCCAAUUAGAACAUAGUUGAUGGCUCAGGUCAUUUAGAUGCUUGGUUACCUGUAACACAGGAGGGGUGAAUCUGUGCUCCAGCAAACUGUAGCUUUGGGUCAGGAUUAACAAGUCCAGUCUCAAAGGGGAGUAGCUGAUGAGCAUAUUGUGUUAUCCAGAUGUUCACAUCUGGAGAUUCAUUAGUGGAUUAGUAGCCAUACACCUUAUGAAGCUCUUCAGUGAAGGAAUGAAAAAAAAAAAAUUGGGUGUGAGCAUUUAGCUGUGGCAUCCUAACUUUCUUGCUGGUGAGCUGCUCAGCCUGUUGCCAUUUAGUUCCAGUGAUGGAAAUGGGGAGUCAUGUGCUUGUCAUGUGCUUCUCUGAGGACUUGAGAUCUGAGGGUCUGUCACAGAGUGUGUGCGAGCAAGACACACAUUCAGUGGAGAAGCAUGAACCACACCGCUGCCUCUAACAGGACUUAACAGGUGCAUCUUUGAAGAAGCCCUCGGUACCAGGCACUGAGGCCCAAGCUGAGCAGAAACUGAUGUUGUACUUUGCAAGACUUUUCAUAGCUUGGAGAGUGAAAAAUAAAUGUUUGGACGGGCACUUUUUCGUUAAAGACUGAAACCAACCUUGGACUUUUAGUGGGGUCCUAACAUAUUCCUCGGAAAUCCGUGCCUAACUGCCUUUAGAUUUGGAUGUGGGGUAGACUAGUGCAGGUUCUGUGUGCGCAGCAUGGGGUGGAAAUCUGGGGCUCGGUUGUGGCUUUUUAAAAGUCUGCCCUGAUGUAGGCAUAGACAGGACCUUUAAUACUUCCUGUUUUCCAGAGCGAACCCUACAGGGCUAGCAUGUUCCAAACAGUGCCCUUGAGUAUCCCUCACAGUCACUUUGGAGGAUACCGGGUCCCACUUAGCUCUAGAUCUGUGCAGUUAGGAAGUACAUCCCACUGCCCGCCGAGAGAAAAUCACACCAGUUCCACACUUCUGGCACACUGAAGGCUUUGGAUCGUUUUUUGAUAUGGAAGAGAUGGUAGGAUUUUUGAUAAACUUUUUAUUGACAUCCAGUUUAAUUUUGAAUAAUUGUGUAGUAGUUAGGAAUAUGCAGGCAUGGGAGCAUAUGUCUGCUGCCCAGCACUGACCACACUGAG